AUGGCGACCCUGCAGGCAGGACUGGGCCAUACAGGGCUGGCGCUGGCGGCGGCGGUCGAGUCGGAGAGGGCGGCGGCGCAGAAAGCCAUCAUUCGGGUGAUCCCCCUGAAAGUGGAACCCAUCAUACUGGAAGGGGAGUUUGCAAACGUUGCUGAGGUGACUCCAGCUGAAGGAAAACUGCUCCAGUCGCACCCGCUGUCCCUGUGCAACACCAGCGAGGAUGAACACACUGAAUCAGGAUUCAUCACCAUUGUCAAGCUUGAACAGCCGGAUCGGGAUCCCAACCCCUGCCUGUCACUGGCUAACAAGGCAAAGCUGGCGGGGGAGCGUGGAGCCCGUGCAAUCCUUUUUGACAUUACUGAUGAUGAAAGCGCUGCUGAUCAGCUGAGAAAGCCCAGAGGUCUGAGUCAGCCUGUGGUUCUGAUCAGGGGCCACGAUGCUGAACUUCUCAUGGGCGUCGUGAACAAGAACAGAGAGGCCCACGUGAAGAUAGAGGUCAAGGAGCCACCAGCUUGGCCGGACUACGACGUCUGGAUUCUUCUCACGGUGGUCAGCACUGUGGUCGUCAUCAUUUUGAUUUUUGUUGUCCGCACAAAGUGCCAGCUGAACAGGACUCAGGACUCCUUGCAGCAGCAGACCAUGCAGGCCAUCGGGCAGCUGGCCACGCGCAAGUACCGGGGAAGGUGCCGGCAGGCAGCGCGGUGGGACUCAGCCAGCAGCUGCAGCUCAGCCCCAGUCUGUGCGGUUUGCCUGGAGGAGUUCAGCGAGGGCCAGGAACUGCGGAUCAUCUCGUGCUCCCAUGAGUUUCACCGGGAGUGUGUUGACCCCUGGCUGCAGCAGCACCACACAUGUCCGCUUUGCAUGUUCAAUAUUCUUGCCAGAGACUCAGUGGACCAGGCCACAGCUGCUGGCUCCAGGCUGGCCCCUCGGGACAUGGAGCCCGGACGGCGUCUCCACCUUUUCCGCCAGCACCCGGGACAUGCCCUUUACCACCUCCCACACGCGUAUCCUCAGAGGAACCUCAGGAGCUUUCCCCCGGAGCCAGCCCAUGGCAACCCCUUCUUCCACUCUCCAGAACUAUCCCAGCUGGAUUUUGGCACCAUCCACUACAUGCCCUACAGGCCAGCCACCUCCCUGCUGGCCUGUGGCCACCCGUCCCCCCUGGCCCCCGGCCUGCUGGACAAGGGCCGGGAGCAGCCGCGGGCGCUGAGGGAGACGCGGCCCAGGUCCUUGGACCUGAUGGUGCCCGGGGGUGCUGCUCCGGCCAAGCCCCAGGUGCUCAGCCACGUCCACUACCACCACCACCAGCACCACCACUACAGACGAGACAUGGAGUGUCCAUCCGGGCGGGCCGGGCAGGGGCCUGGGCAGCGCAAAUCCCGUUACUCUGGGGCCAAGGUUGGCUUCCACAGUGCUCGGACACAAAGGAGGACUGAGAAAAGCCAUCACUGUCAGCAGCCUCUGGAAAGCAGUGCUGUGCCACAGGAGGCAGCUCUGGCAGGACAGCCAGCCUGUCCCCAGCAAGGCCGGGAGCCCCCUCAUGCCCCCUCUGCUUCUCCAGACAGGUUGGACUUCAGUGUAGAUGCCAACAGACAGUCAGGAGCAGCUGGGUCAUCUCCUGCCCCGCUGCCCCCGAGACACAGCUUACAGAGCCGUCAUCACCGAAGGAAAAGAAAGUGUCCCCUGGAGCCUGACCCCGCUCUCCUGCCUGAGGACUCAGCCCUGCCCAAAACCUGCGAUGCUCAUGUUCCCCAUGGCCACCCCGCUAGCUACCGCUGCUCGCCCGAAGUCCAGCCCCUUAUCCCAAGCGCUCCCCAGCCCUGUGGCUCGGGCUCUCGGCCGCUCUGGAAGUGUCUAGUGUCCGGCUCAGAGCUGAAAAAGCAGGAGGAAGGGUUGUCAGGACAGGAGGGAAACCGCCCAAGUCCUGCUGAUUUCUCAGGGACGGGCACCCCCAGACACAGUCUGAGUCUUCACCUUCACUGCCCGUCUCAGCAGGGCAGUCGGGGGUCUGAAGAAGAGGUCCAGGAUGUCCAUGAACACUCAGUUUAA